UCCAUUUUUUAGGUCCUAAAAAAGCUCGAAUGUUCAUUUCCGCCAUACCUUCUUAGUCAAGAAAGCAUUUCAUUCAUUCUAUCUCUAACCUUUUCUUUUUCCUCUUUAGCAUAUUUAUACCAUUCAACUUCUUCACACCUUCCUCCCUUUCUUUCUCUCUCUCUCACUCUCUCUAAACUCACUAAACAACAAAAGCUACCCAUCUUGUCUUCCUUGAAUACUCCGUUCUUCUUUGAAUUCUCCCCCAUUCAAACCCCUUUUCAACUCAUCUCCCUUUUCUCAAUUCUUUCACACUUAAUUACAUGUUUGUUACUCUUUACCUUCUUUUUCCUUUAUAUUCUCGUUCAAAUACUCUUUAAGGCAUAUUAACAAACACUUACUAGACAUAACCAUCAAUAAGGGUUUCAAAAUGCUGGAGCUGGAUGUGGAUAUCUCCAAACCCGAAUCUGAGCCCGCUACAACAAGCUCUGGGGGAGGAAACAGUAGUAGUGGAAGAAGACCUAGAGGAAGACCUCCGGGUUCAAAAAAUAAGCCAAAACCACCUAUAAUAGUAACCCGAGACAGCCCAAAUGCGUUAAGAUCUCAUGUUCUAGAAGUUUCACCGGGUUCGGAUGUUGUUGAAUCCGUUACCAAUUUUGCUCGCCGGAGAGGAAGAGGAGUUUGUGUAUUUUCCGGUAACGGUUCCGUUACUAAUGUUAAUCUUCGGCAACCUGCAUCACCAGCUGAAAGCGUGAUGACGUUGCACGGAAGGUUCGAUAUAUUAUCAAUCACGGGUACUGCUUUACCACCACCAGCUCCACCUGGAGCGGGUGGGCUUACCAUUUUUUUAGCGGCAGGGCAAGGGCAAGUUGUGGGUGGAAGUGUUGUGGGCCCAUUAAUGGCUUCUGGGCCUGUAAUUUUAAUGGCGGCGUCGUUUGCUAAUGCGGUUUUUGAUAGAUUGCCAUUAGAGGAAGGUGAGGAAAGAGAAAGUGAGAAUAAUAACAACAAUCAGAUGGUGCAAGUGCAGGGUAAUCAACAACACCAGCAACAGCAAUCUACUGCUUCACAAUCAUCCGGUGUUACUGGGAAUGUAGGCCCGGGCGGAGGCCCACUUGAAGGUGGUAAUUAUUCGAGUUACGGCGGUGGCGGCGGCGGCGGUGGAGGAAAUAAUGUGUUUGGUUGGAGGCCGCAGUUUUAAGACAUUUCAACAGUUGGUGGGCAAAUUAAAGGGGAAUGAAUAGAAUUUUGGGUAUAUGAUGAAGAUGGAUGGAGCUCCCAAAUUGAGGUACAAAUUUUGUGUACAAAAACUAUGAAUGAAUUAAUGAUGAAAGUUAUGCAACUUUAUAGAUUAGUCUCUCCCCUUUUUCUGUUUUUGUUUUAGAUUUUAAUUGUAUUGUAUUAAUUUGCUCAAUUGCAUGUUGGGGGUUUGUUCUUGAGGGACUUUGUUUUUUUUUUAAUGGUUUAAUUUAAUUUGCAGAUUUUUAAUGGUUGUGGAAUAUAUUUAAUUUAAUCAUGCUA